AUGUCUUCUCCAAGAACUCGUGCCCAAGGUUCGUCUUCCUUAGUUCCUCCCGAUUAUAUCACUGGAACUGGGGUUGACAAUCAUGCGAUAGAGGUUAGGAGCAAGCUCCAUCCUUUUGCCAAGAAAAACCUGGAUGAAAAUGUCCUCCAUGUUUUCGAGAAUACCCUAGUCUUGGGCCCUCACUGGUUCGGUUCUGUCCCUAGUGGAAUGGCAGAACUGUUCAAGAAUGACACUGAAGCUCCCCUAUGCUUUGAAAGCUCUUCAGCCCUAGCUUCCCACACUUGGGUCAGCAAGAACCUAAGCCGUUCGUUCCCAUCCAGUGAGGUGAGGAACAGCUCAGUCAAGUGGGCAUACUGGAUUGAUAGACUUGUCUCCCGCUAUGGAGCUCAUUGGAAGCGGGCUGGUAUUUAUGACGCCAUCCUUCUGUCCAAGCAAUCCAUCAAUAGGGAUGAGAAUCUGCUUGCAGCUGCUUUGUGUUUCUGGAAUUCUGCCAGCAACACGUUCGAUUUUCGUAUAGGCCCGAUGGCUCCAACUCUACUGGACAUGGCUCAAAUUUUCGGGUUCAGGUCCCAUGGCAGACCUGUGGAUGCAGUGGGUGAUUAUCAUAGCAAAAAAAACCAAGAGAAGUUAGCCAAGCCAUUCAUUAUUUCUCCAGCCACCAUCAACCAGAACUGCUCAUUUUCCAAUUACUUGAGGAAAUUUAGUGCCGAAAAGGACAAGGAUCAGCAACAUAUGUUAUUUCUCCUGUUAUGGCUGAAUAGGUUCAUUUUUCCAAAUCGUUCCUCAGCAAUUCUGCUCGAGUACAGGCACCUGGCAGAAGCCCUACACAAUCACACUAACGUUGGACCUGGGCCCACAAUUCUGGCUCACUUGUUCACGAACCUGCACACUGCUACCCUAGAGAAUCCCUUGAACCUAUCUGCUCCUGUUCUGCCUGAAGACCAAGUUUUGGCUCAUCCUUUGAUGUCUGCAGAAGUGCCGGAGCGCUCCAUCGAAGAGUACCUGAUGUUCUUCAGGCAUUGCACAAAAAGAUCUGCUGCUCAAUGGCAGGUGGUGAUGAGAAGAACAUAUCCUUGGUUCCAGCCUGAAUUCAAAUUGUUUGAGAAAGAACCAGAGGAAGAAGCGGCCAAAAUUGACUUCAGGAAUAAAUUCCUAAGUGUGACCCUUCCAAGAGACCUGCCCUAA